CCGAAUCCUUGGAAAGUAGGGUUAGUGAUGACUGGAUGAGUGAUGAGAUAAGGAGCCGACUGUUAGUUUUGAGCUCUCAUUUAACCCGUUUGCCAUCGGAGUCUUCCCUCAUGGCUUCGGAGAAAGAAGCUGCCCUUGCUGCUGUUCCCUCUGAUUCUCCUACGAUAUUUGACAAAAUCAUUAACAAGGAAAUCCCAUCUACAGUGGUGUAUGAGGAUGAUAAGGUUUUAGCAUUUAGGGACAUAGAUCCCCAGGCUCCUACACACAUUUUAAUAAUUCCAAAAUCCAAGGAUGGCCUAACUGGAUUGUCUAAGGCUGAGGAGAGGCACUGUGAAAUCCUUGGCCGCCUUCUUUAUACUGCAAAGCUUGUUGCAAAACAGGAAGGACUGGAAGAUGGCUUCAGGAUUGUGAUUAAUGAUGGCCCUAAAGGAUGUCAAUCUGUGUAUCACAUUCAUGUCCACCUCCUUGGAGGGCGCCAAAUGAACUGGCCUCCAGGCUAAAUGAAGUUAAUAUUUGAGACCAUAUUUCAUGGUAGUGCGCAUUGAAUGUUUUGAUAAAUAAUCGAAAGCAGACACAUUGGUUACAAAUAGCUUUCAUGUAAACGAUGUGACUAUCAUUGUGCUGGAGGCGCCCGGCUCAUGAACAGGGGAAAACUAAUGAACCUUGUGGAAAUAUUACUUGGAAUGAAGAUGUGGUUUGGUUAAUAUUAUUCCUUCUUUUUAUA